AUGUUUUACUGCUGUGACAUAGGCGGUGUACGCCAGCUGUGGUGUGUCCAUUCCCCAGUUACCCAUACUACCCCAUCAACCCCCCAGUCCUACCCCAUCAACCCCCAGUCCUACCCCAUCAACCCCCAGUCCUACCCCAUCAACCCCCAGUCCUACUCCAUCGUCCCCCAGUCCUACCCCAUCAACCCCCAGUCCUACUCCAUCGUCCCCCAGUCCUACCCCAUCAACCCCCAGUCCUACUCCAUCGUCCCCCAGUCCUACCCCAUCAACCCCCAGUCCUACUCCAUCAACCCCCAGUCCUACCCCAUCAACCCCCAGUCCUACUCCAUCGUCCCCCAGUCCUACCCCAUCAACCCCCAGUCCUACCCCAUCAACCCCCAGUCCUACUCCAUCGUCCCCCAGUCCUACCCCAUCAACCCCCAGUCCUACUCCAUCGUCCCCCCAUCCUACCCCAUCAACCCCCAGUCCUACUCCAUCAACCCCCAGUCCUACCCCAUCAACCCCCAGUCCUACUCCAUCGUCCCCCAGUCCUACUCCAUCAACCCCCAGUCCUACCCCAUCAACCCCCAGUCCUACUCCAUCAACCCCCCAGUCCUACCCCAUCAACCCCCCAGUCCUACUCCAUCAACCCCCAGUCCUACCCCAUCAACCCCCAGUCCUACUCCAUCAACCCCCCAGUCCUACCCCAUCAACCCCCAGUCCUACUCCAUCAACCCCCCAGUCCUACCCCAUCAACCCCCCAGUCCUACCCCAUCAACCCCCCAGUCCUACCCCAUCAACCCCCCAGUCCUACUCCAUCAACCCCCCAGUCCUACCCCAUCAACCCCCCAGUCCUACUCCAUCAACCCCCCAGUCCUACCCCAUCAACCCCCCAGUCCUACUCCAUCAACCCCCCAGUCCUACCCCAUCAACCCCCCAUCCUACUCCAUCAACCCCCAGUCCUACCCCAUCAACCCCCAGUCCUACCCCAUCAACCCCCAGUCUUACUCCAUCAACCCCCAGUCCUACUCCAUCAACCCCCAGUCCUACCCCAUCAACCCCCAGUCCUACUCCAUCAACCCCCAGUCCUACUCCAUCGUCCCCCAGUCCUACCCCAUCAACCCCCAGUCCUACUCCAUCAACCCCCAGUCCUACCCCAUCAACCCCCAGUCCUACUCCAUCGUCCCCCAGUCCUACCCCAUCAACCCCCCAUCCUACUCCAUCAACCCCCAGUCCUACUCCAUCAACCCCCAGUCCUACCCCAUCAACCCCCAGUCCUACUCCAUCAACCCCCCAGUCCUACUCCAUCAACCCCCAGUCCUACUCCAUCAACCCCCCAGUCCUACUCCAUCGUCCCCCCAGUCCUACCCCAUCAACCCCCAGUCCUACUCCAUCAACCCCCCAGUCCUACUCCAUCAACCCCCAGUCCUACCCCAUCAACCCCCCAGUCCUACUCCAUCAACCCCCAGUACUACCCCAUCAACCCCCCAGUCCUACUCCAUCGUCCCCCCAGUCCUACCCCAUCAACCCCCCAGUCCUACUCCAUCAACCCCCAGUCCUACUCCAUCAACCCCCAGUCCUACCCCAUCAACCCCCAGUCCUACUCCAUCAACCCCCCAGUCUUACUCCAUCAACACCCCAGUCCUACCCCAUCAACCCCCCAGUCCUACCCCAUCAACCCCCCAGUCCUACUCCAUCAACCCCUCCUCCCAGGAUGAGGGCAAAGCUCAGGCUAAGAAGCAGCAAGAAGCCAACUAUCCACCUCAGCGGCUGCUGUUUUCAUUGAAUGUUACUGAUAGGGGUUUGGUUACAGGGAUGGGGGAUGGGGGUUGA